CAUAGCUGAUGAUAACAUAUUUAAAUGUUAAUUUUUUGAUGCCUAAGGCUAUUUAUUUCAACAGAGCUAGUGGACAGUCUUUUGGAACAGUUAUGGUCCUGUAAUCUUUUCUUCCUGUAUUCACAGUGAGGCUCAUAACAUACUACAUUUCAGCGGCAGCCCAGGUGUGGAGGUGCUCUUGAGGAAAGGAUGACUGCCAUGAAGACAGUUGGAUUAGAUCAGCAAACAUGUUCUGUGGCUGCUGCCAAUGCUGCCCAUGUGCAGUAUCAGUGUCUGCUGAACAAAAACAUCUCAAUGGAGAGACAGACAGUGGUACUUCAGAGAAGUAGUAGGUAACUGCUACUUCAAUUUUAAAACACAUAUGUGGCUUAAGAUACAGCUUCUGCAGAAGCUACAUAACAAAUCUAAAUCAGAAACCUGUCACAAAGGCUGUCUAUGUAGCAAUCACACCUUCUACUCCACAUUACAACAUGUCACUUUUUAAUUUUCAUGUUUUUCUCUCUGUUUAGGCCAUUCUUUUAUUUUUCUUCCUCAAAAAGAAGUUAUUUUUCAGGCUUGCUGAGUUAUAAGCUGCCUAAAUGCCUUCCUCAAUUGGAAUAUGGAACAGUUCCUUUUUUUUUUUUUUUUUCUCUUUCCUUUUCUUUUUUGUCAAGAGUGCAGCAGAUUAGCAAAGAGUUAUCUGCCAGCAGCCCCUGAGAUCAGGGCAGAGGCAGGGGCUGUGGUAACAGCGCUCCUUGCUGCUGAUUCCCUCACUGCAACAGGGACCGCUGCUGCUCCCUGCAGCCAGGCCACAACUCAUCACUGUAAGGCAAAAGUGUUCUGUCUGUGGGACCACGGACCUCCUGAUUGGGCAUUGUGGUCGCACAAGGACGAGUGUUUACUGUUAUCAUUCUCUCCAUUUCAAAUAGCAGCUUUCACUUCCCCUCCUUGCCAGUAGCUUGGGCUCUUUCUGAAAGCUGGGGACGUGCUGCUGGUGUCCUUUAGAUACACUGUGGUCUCAGCUGUGCUGCAGGGCUGCUGCUGUGCCUUCAUCUAUCUACCUUCCAAAUGGGUUCUUGUUUUUUGUUGUGUUAUCGUUGAUUUUACAGGUGUGUGCUGUGAGGAGAUGCCCACACACUGCUGGACACUGGUAUAGUAGUGGUGAAAACUGCAGACGUGUUUCUUCCAAGCUGCAAACAACUACUGAUACAAGUGCAAGUGCAUGAUAUAAUGAACAAUCUUCUCCAUGAGUGUUUGGUUUGGCAGCAGGCAGGUGGGCCAGGCAAGCGGUUUCCCCACACUGAAAACUCAGCUCAGUGCAGGAGCCAUGCUGCCUGCUGAGUGCUGUGCCCUGGGCAGCCCGGGCUAUGUGCCUUAUGGAAGGGCACGCUGCACAGCAAGGUGACAGCAAGGAUGUUCCCUGCCGUCUUUACCAGGGCGUUUCACCUUGCUUUUCCCCCAGCUCCUCCCUUCCCCGUGCCUCGCAGCCGGUGGCCGGGCCGGCGCUAGGUGGCACUUCGCGCUUGGCCUAAAUUUCUCUCUUUGCAGAGAGCUGCUUUAACAACAACGCCAGAACUCGAGUGUUGUGUCAGUGAGAGUCGUUUUGCCUCCGCCACCCUGCCGGGAGCACGAGUAGCUCCCAGCUCGCGAUCUGUGCUCCUGUCGUGUUGCUGUUGGGAAUGUGAUUGCGUGCUCUGUGCUGUGGUCCAUCACUUCAGGAGCACCGUGAGCUUUGUGACUGCUGGGAAGGAGUUCACUCGGGACGUAGACAGCCUCAUUCUCCCGCGUGGUUACACAACUCUUAGGCAAGUAAAAUGCCGGUAUUGGCAUAAAAAUGAUGCAAGAGAACAACAUGUGUGACUCUGCCCUGUUUCAAUUUAACCUGAAAAUGGCAUGCUAUUAGGGCCAAACUAAGUAUUCGCCUGCAGCUGGAGAAGGAGUUAAGAAUAAGCACCGAAUACCUUUUGUUUGUUAAUAGAGUCAAAUGGCAAUAGCACGUAGUUGUAUGGAAGCCACCCUGACAAUAUUCCAGUAUUAAAAUAAGAAUUUGCCCAAAUAUUUAAGAGAAGAAAUUCCUUCUCAUUGUGAGCCAGAGAAAUAUAAAACAGUCAGAAUGAGAUCCGCACAAGCAUAGGAAUGAAAUGCUGGCCACAAAGCUAAAAGAAAUGACAAACUGCUGAAUGCAAUCUGGAAAAGAUAUAGGGGAGAAUCUACAGAUUACAGAAAGAGAAGUAUGAAAACUGAGCAGGGAGAAAAAUAUCUGCAGUAGCUGAAGAGCUCAGCAAGGAGAGGGCUUACCUGUCACAGCUUGUGACAGGGGAUCAAGAAAGGGAAAAUGGUGUGGCAGAGAUGAAAUAGAGAUAAGAGAACAAACUGUUGGGUUUCUAUCAAGGAAUAUAACGCACUACAUUCAAUACGUAUUUUUGGAUAAUGUUUAAACUAUGUUUGUACAUGUGGGAUAUGGUGUGAUCACAAGUGGGAACUCAAUAAGUGCAGAACAUUUUACAGAAACUUGGGUCAUAUUCUUCACAUAUCUCCAGAGCUCAGCCUUUGUGUUGCAGCAGUCAGUUUUGCAUUCCUUUCACCUGCCAAAUCAAUCACGCACCGAAUAAGAAACAGGUGCAGCAGAUUCCAUAUCAGAAAGAGCUUAUUUGUUCAGAGCAUCCUGCUUUAACAGGUUCCUGAGCAAAUCAAUAUUUACACUUGCUCACGUGUAUGUGGAGAACUGUUUUAUUAUUGUUGUUAUUUUUGUUUUUUUAUAAGAGUUAGGAUGAACCUGUAUGGUGUUACUGAGAAUGCAUUACAGGCUGCACAUGUCCAAAGGAGUGUGUGAGUAUUCUCAGAUCAAAUAGGACUGUAGCUCUUACAUCAUAUUUUUAAUUAUUUUAUCACCUACUGUUAACAUUGUGAAUGUAUGGAAUUGUAAAAUAUACUGUAAGAUUUUGUGCAUGGCAGGCAUGCUUUUAACUAGUAUGUGAGACAAAUGAACAAGACUUGAUAAUUAUCUUCCAUGUAAAGCACUCAAAAACACUGUUAAAGUGGUGGUUUGUUUGUUUGUUCGUUUGCUAUGUGAUAUUCUUGUUAUUUUUCUUCAGCCUGGGUGGUUAACUUGUAAGUUCCUCUGUGACUGAGUCAGUCUCCAAGGUGAUACACCAGAGACCAAAUGUAUGCAUGCAGAAUCUUCCACUUUAAUGGGAGACACAGCAAUGCUGCUAUUUCAGAAGAAAUCAGCUAGAGCUAUUCUGAAUUCCAUUGAAUUCAGUGCAGUAUAAUUUGAACUUUUAUUUCUCGCUUUUUGCUUUAAUGAGGUGAAUGUCACUAUUUACAGCAUUUAUUUUGCUUGCUGAUAAGGUCAGUUCCUUUCACCAGGCUUAAACACGUGUACACAUUGCUGAAGCUUUGGGUUGAUGUUCUGCAAGCUGGCUGUUAGCUCUUUUUAUUGUUUUCUGUCAGGUGCAGUGUUGCGAAGGGUACGGUUGCACCCAUAGGUAUUUGAAGUGCCAGUAACAGGUGCCCAUGUCUCAGCUGCAGGACCGUGGGAUGUGAGCAAGGUGCAGCAGAGGUGGGCUUUGCAACAUCAAUCCCAGUGCACACAUAGCCACACAAAAAUACCACUUGUAUAAACUUCUGUAAGCAGAGCAGGUGAGAAAGGAUACUGCUGCACAACCAUAGCAGAUAUUCUUUGAUUUGGCAUCCUAAAUAAAUCUGGGUGAGUGUGCCUAUUAUGCUUUUUUAAAACAUGCAACAUUUAAAACAAGCCCUGCUUGGAGCGACAGCCUUUUUUCCUGGGAAGAAGAGAUAGCCAAGGCUGCUGGACAGAUCCGGAUGCUGCAACUGCUCAGGCCAGAUGAGAUCACUGAAUGCUCUUUUUUUGCAAGAAGAAGUCAAAGGAAAUGGAUAGCUAUUCUGACUUCAGUGCAAAGAACCUGUCAUCAUCAGAUAAUAUGUCUAUCUCUUUGCCGGAACAAGUUGGACUCAAUGCCACCGAUGGUCCUCCUUCUAUGUCAAUAAGCAGGCUUUUUCCAGCCCUAUUAGAAUGCUUUGGAAUAAUUCUUUGUGGCUAUAUAGCCGGCAGAGCCAACAUUAUCACAUCAACUCAAGCUAAAGGACUAGGAAAUUUUGUCUCCCGUUUUGCACUCCCAGCUUUACUAUUCAAAAACAUGGUGUUACUUAACUUUUCUGAUGUAAAUUGGUCCUUCCUGUACAGUAUCUUAGUUGCCAAAGCUGCCGUGUUUUUCAUAGUCUGUGUUCUAACAUUAUUGGUAGCCAGUCCUGAGAAUCGAUUUAGCAAAGCAGGUUUGUUCCCUAUUUUUGCUACACAAAGCAAUGACUUUGCACUGGGAUACCCAAUAGUUGAAGCUCUAUACCAAACCACUUACCCAGAGUAUCUCCAGUACAUUUACCUAGUGGCUCCAAUAUCUCUUAUGAUGCUAAACCCUCUGGGUUUUAUCUUCUGUGAAAUCCAGAAGUGGAGAGACAAUCGCACUGUGUCCCACAGCAAAAUCAAAAUAGUGGGCCUAGCACUCCUUCGAGUUCUGCAGAACCCAAUCGUAUUCAUGGUCUUCAUAGGAAUUGCCUCAAACUUUAUUCUUGGCCAGAAAAUUCCUGAUUACCUUGAAAAUUUCCUUGAUGGACUGGGCAGUUCAUUUUCUGGCUCUGCACUUUUUUACCUUGGACUAACUAUGGUGGGACAAACAAAAAAACUGACAAAGAGUAUGUUUGUUGCACUGAUCCUCCUCAUCACAGCUAAACUACUUAUGAUGCCAUUUCUCUGUAGAGAAAUGGUGGAACUCCUGGACAAGAGCAGCAGCACAGUCAACCAUACCAGUUUAUCAAACUAUGCAUUUCUUUAUGGAGUUUUUCCAGCAGCACCUGGUGUUGCAAUAUUUGCAACUCAAUUUAAUAUGGAAGUAGGAAUUAUUACCUCAGGCAUGGUGAUAAGCACUUUUGUGUCUGCACCCAUCAUGUAUGUUUCUGCAUGGCUUUUGACCAUUCCAUCUAUGGAUCCCAACCCACUGGCAUCUGCGCUGCAGAAUGUUAGCUUUGACAUAAGUAUUGUCAGCCUUGUUUCUCUGAUUUGGUCUCUUAUUGUUGUUCUUCUGAGUAAGAAAUACAAACAGCUUCCUCAUAUGAUUACAACAAAUCUACUCGUUGCUCAGUUUAUUGCUUGCAUUGGAAUGGUGAUAUGGAAUUUCACUGUUAAACAGAAAGAUGUAACUGUGCAGAUCCUAGUAUUUAUAUUUCUCUACAGUUCACUUUAUAGCACCUACCUGUGGACAGGGUUUUUAUCUUUCUCUUUGUUUCUGUUGAGGAAGAGAGAAACAGUGAAGAUUCCCAUCGGGUUUAUAAUCAUAGCUGGAUGGGGAGUCCCGACGCUUCUGAUAGGAAUCUUGUUAAUAGUUGGUGAACGUAACAGCACUAGCAUUGACUCUGCCUUUUUCUAUGGAAAACAUCAGAUAAUCACCACAGCAGUGGUCCUGUUCAUCAGCAUAUUGAUGUCAGGCAUCUCACUUAUGUGCAUGAACAGAAAUAGACAGGAGUCGAACUAUGAGGUACUGAACCCAUAUUCACCUCAUGGCCAAGUGGAAGGGAAUGAAGGGAAUCAAGUUUCAGCCACUGUGCCUCAACCUUCUGCAGGGUCUCCUGCACAACCUUCUGCAGGAUCUUCUGCACAACUUUCUCCUGCACAACCUUCUGCAGGUUGUUCUGCACAGCUGUCUGCAGAAAGAGGUUGCUGUUCUUGUCAAACGACAAAUGGGGAAAUACCCUGUGCUAAAGAGGGCAAAGCAGUGCCAAAUACUGUUGAAAACAAGGUUCCUUCAAUUGAGACAGCCGAUCAGUGUGUGAAUCAAUGUAGCGCUCAGACCUGCGUGCUGGCUCAGGAAGAACAGCUUCUACAGACUGGAGACAAACAGCUGGCCAGACACGUGCUGCUGUGCUUGCUUCUUGUUGUUGGCCUUUUUGCUAAUCUUUCCAGCUGUUUAUGGUGGCUGUUCAACCAAGAACCUGGAAGACUGUAUGUGGAAUUGCAGUUCUUUUGUGCUGUGUUUAAUUUUGGUCAGGGCUUCAUUUCCUUUGGUAUUUUUGGCUUAGAUAAGCAUUUAAUCAUUCUGCCAUUCAAGCGAAAGCUUGAAUUGCUCUGGGGAGGCAGAGAAGCAGAAGGGCAUGCAGAUCACACUCUACCUGAGGAAAUCAGGAUGACCUGUCAACAGUUUGUUCAUUAUCACAGAGAUCACUGUGUCAAAAGCAUUGUCAAAGGCAGAAGGUGUGGUGCAAAGACCUCCACUGGCAUCUUCUUUGGCUGUGAUCUGGUGAACUGGCUCAUCCAAGUUGGCCUCGCCUCUGACCGUGGUGAAGCUGUGAUGUACGGAGACAGACUGAUGAAAGGAGGUGUCAUCCAGCAUAUUACAAAUGAAUUUGAAUUUCGGGAUGAAUAUUUAUAUUACCGCUUUGUUCAAAAGAGAGCAACUACAGCUGAGAGCCAAUGACCUGGGCAUGUAGACAGAAGGCAGGCAAGUAGGGGUAAAUGUGACCAUCUCUUCUGGGUUUGCUGCUGAAACUGGAAGUGUUUCUUUCUCAGGGCUCCUGGAGGGUCCUGUUACCUUCUCGUGUAAAGUUCAGAAAUGUGGUUCUACUUCUGUCUAUUCUGAAGCAAAUGAUAGCCAUUCUCAGUGAGUGCUAAACCAGAAAGCAACUAGAUUGAAACAAGAUACUCUGGAUUUCUUCCAUUUUCAGCAAAACAAAUAGUAAAUUAGUAUGCGUCACUGACAUAUUAUACAGACACUUAUAACAGCAACUUUAGUGACUGGUGCCACAAUGUAAAAAAAACAUAUCAGAGGGGAAUAUUUCAUGUCACUAUAUGUUUUAUAGUAUUUCAGCGUGAUGCAAUCUUGAUCCUUGUUCAAGGUCAAGCUCCCACUAACUUCAUAGAAAUAAGACUUAUUCCAUCAUAUCUCAGUUUUUACUACUGCAUACUUCUGCAUAACACCAGAAACUUUUUCUGGCUGUUUACACCUCACACCAAGCAGUUUGUUUCCCCUUUAAAUAUAAAAUCCUCCAUUUCUAAUAAUAGAAUUCUUAUGAAGAGAUUACAACGUCAUAGAAUUAAAGCUGAGGAAAUGAGUGGAAUAAAAAAUAGUUUUCUACAAAGAUACUGCAGAAACAUACAAAAAUAAUCCCCACUUCUCAGAUUAGGAAAUGAUGAUGUAUUCUUACAUAAACAGCUGGUUCUGAAGUUUUCUCUUUUAGUGGUGGUAACAGCUUUGUCAAGAGUGGAUUUUUACUUUCUGGAGUAAGCCUCCAUUAUAAUUCAGAAGUGCCAGCCUCAGAUAGAGAACGCGUAGAAGCCUAGGACACCUGUGCAAGUCAAGAUCCAACAUUUUAUUAAGCCAUGAGAUCUUUUAAAUAACAUGCAUUGACUUCUAAGUCUAUUCUAUAAACAACCCUAAUGGAGCAUCAAGGUUAAGGUUUACAAAAGCUGGAGAUGUUAGAAUGUUGUUAUUAUUGGGCAUGUAACAGAGUUUUCAAAUAGGCCUCAGGUAUCCCUCUGUGAUGUUAAGUGGUUAAUCCAGUGUCAUUCAGAUUCUCAUGCACUGCACUGAAAGCAAAAACUUCAAGAGUAGUUUGAAGAGGUUAAAGACAAAUUGCAGUAUCUGAUAGCCAUUACGCUGCUAGGAAAAGCAGUUCUAAUGCUGAAAGAAGGCAUUUAUUUGUCUAUAUAAAAUGUUAUAUAAUGAGGGAAAAGAACAAAAAUACUAAAAUAGUAUUUGCACAUCUGGAAUAGUCAAGGAAACGACUUUUUAAAAAAGCAUCCUUUAAUUUAACUUUAUUUUUUAAAUACAGAUUUUAUGACAGCUACUUAUGUGUCUACUUUGUAUUAAGAACUGAAAAUGAUUUUAGCAGCAUAAUCUAUUGUUCAGGAAACAGUCAUUUUAUGGUAGCUAUAACUUUGCAAAAGAUUUCAGUCUUAUUGCAAACCUUCAGUGUACUGACACAUAACUACAUAGGUACGCUACACAAACUGAUAUAUUUUAAUGGUUCCAGCAACAAGGUAAUUGAUACUUGUAUUGGGCUGUGGCCACAAAAGAAAACGAUAGUUUGAUUUCCAUUAGAAUUGCUGAAGACAUCAGGCAUUUUGGAAUGACUAGAUGUACAUGUCUAAAGAACAGAAGCUAUAUUCUAAAUAUUGUAACUUAUUAAUAAAUCUGAUAUUGAUUUCA